CUCACGGCCUGCAGCACAUGGACAACACGAAGAAGGACGACGCAUGCGCAGCACGCUCUGACAUCCUGAAGCCGCCUCCCGGUGAAGAAACCGAAACGCCGCAGACAGAGAGCCCGCGGGCGGCAUACCGGCUUUUAGCACCACCGGUCAGAGCAAAUGGGACGCGUCGACGACGUGUCGCAGUAGAGGAGUGGCUGUUAAAACAUCUUUAACAGUGACUGGUGGCGAUGAAGGCAGGUUGUCGGACGAAACUACCUCUGUUUGUCAGUUGUCUGUCCCGUUGUGUCGGUUAACGAGUCAUUUAUUGUACAUUCACCAUCCGCUACGAGGCUACCUCUCUCUGCUGUAGUGUAGAUAAAUAUCACCACCAUGCUUUUAUCACAUGUGGAGAUAUGGACAGGAUGUUGGGAGUAUGUUUCCAGACCUUACACGGUGCUCAUCUGCUCCCUCGGGGCCGCUUUGUGCUAUCUGUGGGGCCGGAAGUGUCAGCCCCCAACCGUGGUUUCUAGCAAGACUUUUGGUGCAUUCCUCAAAAAGCACUGCCCCGUGGUGACCGAGGUCUUCACUCCUACUCCAUGGUGCUGGGGAGGUCGAUUUCAAACGCUCGUCUUUGCCCUCUUGAAGUCCAAACCUCCCGUCACUUAUCUGAGCUGAUCCGUACAGUUGACGGUGGUCAGCUCUCUCUGGACUGGGUGGACAAUCAUGACAACGCCACCUACCCAGAAUCCUCUACCCGCCCAACAGUACUGAUACUUCCAGGCCUGACAGGGAACAGCAAGCAGUCCUAUGUGCGCCAUUCCAUUCACCAGGCCAGCCGUCGGGGCUACAGAUGCGUGGUUUUCAACAACAGAGGGGUUGCAGGGGAAGAGCUGUUGACCCCUGUCACCUACUGCGCAGCCAGUACCGCAGAUCUUGAGCAUGUGGUGAGCUAUGUCAAAGGACUUUACCCUCAUGCCCCUGUGCUUGGUGCUGGUGUAUCUUUUGGAGGCAUGUUAUUGCUGAACUAUCUGGCCCGUAAGCGCACAGAGUCUGGGCUGGUGGCGGGUAUCACCAUCUCUGUCCCCUGGGACACGAUGAAGUCCGCUGCCUCGAUGGAAGAACCACUCAACUGGCUGCUCUUCAACAAAUUCCUCACGAGAGGCCUCUGUAGUGCUGUCACCAGGCACAGGAAGGUUCUGGAAAAAGUGGUGGACAUUGACUAUGUCUUGAAGUCACAAACAAUCCGUGAGUUUGAUGAACGCUUCACCUCUUUGAUGUUUGGUUAUAAAACUUGUACGGACUAUUACAACGAUGCCAGUCCAUACAAAAGACUCCCCAGUACAACGGUGCCCAUCCUGUGUCUCAACGCUGCUGAUGACCCCUUCUCUCCCCACUAUGCCUUCCCAGUGUCCAUCGUCCAGGACCUGCCCAACGUUGCUCUCGUGAUGACAGCCCAUGGUGGACACAUGGCCUUCCUGCAGGGUAUGUUUCCCCGCGGUGAGGGCUUCAUGGACCGUCUGGUUGGUCAGUAUGUCCAAGCUGUCUUUGAACACCAGAGGGACAUCAACAAAGCUUGUGGCGUCAAGGAAGACUAGACAAGCUGAUUGUCUUCUGCGAAUAACAUCCCUGGCAUCACGGCAACAAUUUAAAAAAAUGAAUUGGUUAGCUUUGCAUGUCAUUAUCUCACCACAGACAUGUUGGCUUUGCACCGAGAAUGUCUAACAGUAUUGUACAAUCACAUAACCUUGCUGCAACUGAGCUAAUCUACCUCUGAGAUACAUCUCAGGUUCUCGUCUGACUUUUUUUCUCCCACACGCCGUCCUAACUUCACAUAGAGUACUGUAGUGUGUGUUGAAAACAAAGUGCACAAAUCCUCCCCAUUAGGAAACAAGUACUUAGAUUUUAGGUACUAUUUUAAAUUGUUAAUUAAAUAGAAAUGAUUGAAUAUAAAAAUUAGAACAGUGAUAUUACUGUUUGAUAUUGUUUUCUCCCUUAUUCUGGUUUGGUUUUGCAAGACUUGUUUUCUUUGAAGUAUGUUAUAUUGCUUAGGAUUGUAAAUUCAAGCUUUCCAGGCUCAAUUCCCUAAAAUUCAAGGACCCAAGACGGCUUAGUUUGAGACACAGAUCAAGCUUAAUUACUGUUACCACACUAACAACAGCGAGACAGUGAAACAAUGAUGCAACUGGAGACACACAUGCAGGCUGAAGAAUGUAGCCUAUUUACUAAUGUUAAGCAAAAAAAAAAAUCUAUUCUUGCACCAUGUAUGUAAUGAAUGAUCCUGCCUCAAGCUAAAAAAAACAACACAGACACAGCAGGAAUUAACAUAUAUCCGCCAUGAAGAAAAGACUUUAGAUAGAUAGCUUUAUCAUCUGACUUUCUGAUUUAAAAACAAAAAAAAUCUGUCAAAUUAAAAAGUAUUGUAGCUUGUGUAUGCUUUUUGCAGUAUGCUUGUUUGCAGUGUAAAUUAUGCAUUAGAGGUAAAUGAGCCGACACUGUCUAAUAACCUGAAGAUCACAAUGUUACUUGAAGUAUUUGUACCUGCUGUAAAUAAUUCAAUAACCAGUGGCUCUGUGCGUGUUGUAUAAUCUGCCUUUUGUUUGUCAUUGAAACACAUUAUUGUUUGGGGGAUGGGAUGGGAUGGGAUGGAUAAAAUGUCCAUCGUGUCUCUUUUUUGACCACUUUCAGUCCACAUGGUAAUUAUUUAGUGUGUAGUUUGAUAGCAGCACAUUUGUCUUGAAGUUAAUUACUUUCUACAAUGAUUGAAUGCCAGUUGAGGGUUUGCUGAAGGUUUUAUCCUGUAACACCAAUAGUGCACUGAUGACACGCAUUCACCAUUUUAUUUUGCCAGUGCCAUGGUAUUAUUAGUCCAUGAUUUAUGUAAUUUAUUUGACUUUAUUCCGAGUGGAUAAUGUUUUCAACUGUGAUUCAAGAACCUUGAACGUAUUCGAGCAGAAAAUGUCGCUGAUUGUCGUCGCAUUCAAUUUAUUUGCACGUCAGCUCUUUUUCUACUUUCUGUCUCCAACUUGCCUUUGAUUGCUGUUUUAUUUUUUAACGGACCCAUUUCUUUUCAUGUUUACUUCUGUAUGAGGUGUAACGCACAACUUUGCACAGUAUGAACUAUCUGUUUGGUUUUUGGUUGUUGAAUUACGCUUUUAAUUAAAGACAAAGUUACAAAUAA